GCCACUGCCAAACAAGGCCAAAUAUGCUGGUUUAAAUUUCCCCGUGGGCAACUCGUACUUUUUUGCUUUGGCCCUGACCAUCGGUCCGCUUGAGAUACCGGAGCUGCGCCACUUUUUUUCCUUACCUCAGUACCAAUCGUUGACAUUGUAGAGAUAUACUAGCUAUGAACGCUCCUAAUUGCUAUGAGUUUUAUGUUCUAGAGGAAGGAGAGCGACCUGUUGAAGUUGAAGUUACAGGGAAUACAAAAAUUCCCAAUUCGGUUACCAUUAAGAUCGUGAAGCAGGAUCAUACCUUGGACAACCAACAGUGUUCUUGCAACCAACUGCUCACAAUGCUUCAGGUUUUCUUUGCAGGCUACAAAGUCCCACAUCUUCUACAUCCUUACUUUCUGAUCAAGAUUCAGAUUGAUAGCACUAUUGCCCGGACUAGUACUGAAGUUCCCGAGCAAGCAUGUCCAGACCUUAUCGGGAAAAUCGCGUCACUUGAAGCAACCUUCGAGGAGCAAUUCCAGAUGAGAAGUAUUGGAGGUGCUGUCUCCAGCAUCGAUGAUCCUUAUGGCACUGGAGCUGCAACAUCUUUAUUCCCUGAAGGCAGAGACUACUUGGAUUUCUGAUUGGGAUCAUGCAUUUCCUCAAAUCGUACAGUCAUGGCCCGCAAUGGCAAUACUGGUAUAUGGCGUUCCCUACUGGACCAUCGACUCCGCUUAAUGGCUGUGAAUUAUGACCACACAUACGUGCAACAAAAUGAGGAUGUAUUCUAAGUUUCGAGUUUUCUC